AUGAAUAUUAUGGUAUUGGCAUUUCCCAUAAUAUUCGGCUAUCUCGUCUGGUUCGCCGGCGCUAUUCAAAUCGACUGCGAUAAAACCGAUCAAAUACACGAGGAUCAGAUCCACCACUGCUGCAAGCAUCCCGAUGGACAUAAUCAGAUCAUGGCCGACUGCGCCAAAGAGCAUGGCUUCAAGUUGCCCAAUUCAAAUGAACAAUCCAUGAUGGAUCUGACUGCUGGACACGCCAUUGCCGGCACCUGUUUUGCCAAGUGCGUUUUUGACAAGCUGAACUUCAUGAAAGACGAUAAUCUGGACAUGGAAGCUGUGAAGAAGUCCCUACUGGAAAAGCACAGCGAUGAUCCUGAGUAUGUUAACGAAAUGAUCAGAGCCUUCAAUCAUUGUCAUGGCAAAGUCGAGGAGAAUGCAGCGAAAUUCAUGUCAAAUCCCAUUUUCAAGCAUAUGACAAAAGAUUUUUGCGAGCCAAAAUCUGCUGUGAUUAUGGCCUGUGUUAUAAGACAAUUCUUUCACAAUUGUCCAUCUUUUCGCUGGGCCAAAACCGAGGAAUGUGAGAACCUUUUGCAGUUUAGUCGGAAUUGUACCGAUUCCAUAGCCACAUUGUGAGAAAUUACGAAUUUGUGAAAUAUCAAAGAACUAAUAAAAUAACCGCUUACAAUUUA